AUGCAUCAUCAAGACUCAGAACAGUUACGAAUUCUUAAUGGACAUUACGAUGAUGACGUGGUUUCAUUAAAUGAUAUAACAUCUACUCCAACCAAACUAUCAAAUGCAUUAAAUUAUGCAACAAAACUUCUUGAAAAAUUUUCGUCUAUGCGUGAUAAACCUGAAUUAAGUGAUUUUCGUAUUGAUAUUAAUGAUAAACAUUUUUAUUGUCAUAAAUUUUUAUUAAUUGCAACAUCAGAUUAUUUCAAAGCAAUGUUUAGUGGUAAUAUGAGUGAAAGUCAAUCUGAUCAUGUUGAAUUAAAAGGUUUUGAAAGUUCAUCAAAUGGUGUUGAAUCAAUGAUAAAUUUUUGUUAUUCAGGUUCAUUAUUUAUAACAUUUGAUAAUAUUGAUGAAUUAUUACAUGCUGCAACACAUUUACAAAUAAAAGAUGCUAUUGAUUUAUGUUCACAAUUUCUUAUUGAAUCAUGUACAAUUAAAAAUUGUAUUGAUAUUUAUAAAAUAUCUGAUUUAUAUUCACUUAAUGAUGUUUUAUAUGUUAUAAAAAUUUUUGUAUCAAAAAAUUUUGUUUUACUUAUGUUUCAUGCAUGUCAUCAAUUUGAACAAUUAACAUAUGAACAAAUCUAUGAUGAAUUAUCACGUGAUACAUUAGAUAUGUAUCAAUAUAAUGAAUAUGAUUUAUUUACAAUGACAUGUACAUGGAUUAAAGCAAAUUAUGAUGAAAGAGUAAAAUAUACAGCAGAUUUAUUUAAACGUAUUCGUUUUAUGUUAAUGACACCUGAACAAUUAUGUGAUCAUGUUCGUCAUCAUGAACUUAUUAAAAAUAAUGAAGAAUCAAGAAUAUCAGUACAAAAUGCUCUAUGUUAUUAUGCAUUACCUAAUCGACAACCACUUAUUAAUGAUAUACAAUGUCGAGUAAGAAAUGAACCUAUACUUGUUGCUGUUGGAGAAAUUGAAUUAUUUUCAUUAAAUACAACAUCAGAAAGAUGGGAUACACUUUGUCAAGCACCAUUAGAAGAAAAUUAUCCGUAUCCAUUUAGUGCAAUAACUGUAAAUAAUUAUUUAUAUGUACUUGGUACACGUCGUUCGUCAUCUGAAGAAUAUAAAUCAUGCUAUCGUUUUUCAGCACAUACAUGUGAAUGGACUAAAUUACAAAAUCUUCUACAUGAUCGAUCACGUUUUGCAGCUGCACAUGUUGAGGAAUAUAUUUAUAUUAUGGGUGGUUUUGAAGGAUUUAAACGAACAACACGUGUUUAUGUAAAUACAAUUGAACGAUAUUCAAUUGAAAAUGAUCAAUGGGAAUCAUUUUCAACAGAAGGUCCACAACUUUCAUCUCUAGCAGCAUGUGCAUAUGGAAAUUUGGUUUUUCUUGGUGGUGGAAAAAAUGGUCAAUGGUAUGGAUAUGUUAUUAUUAAACUGCUUUUUACGCUUUAG